AUGUCUGCUUACCGAUCGCUCUUGUCAUCGUCAGCUCGUGUGCGUCUGACUCCUCGUGUUGCACAACACACUAUGCCAGUGCGUCACUACAGCUCGCCACUCAAGGUCUUUAUGGAUACGAUUCGAGAUCAAAUGAAGAAAAACAAGGACCUGCAAGAAGGUGUCAAGUCAUUGCAAGACGAAUCCGGUAAAUUGGCCGAGAGCGAUGCAUUGAGAAAGGCAAAGGAAAUGUAUGAGAAGGCAAAGGCCCAACAAAGUGAACAAAACGUGCGUCUUCGUGAAGCUUCUGAAAAGAUCUCGCAAGCUGCAGGCAAAGUGGGAGAAUCCGUGAACAAGCGUUUCAAGGAAGCUAGCGAGACUGAAUUUGCAAAGGAGACCUCUGAGCGACUCAAGAAGGCAGCUGAUAACAUCAACAAGUCCACCGAGCCCCUUCGUAAGAAUGAAUACGUUGGCAAGAUUGGUGAUUCUUUCAAGACCGUUGUCAAGGAUGAGAGUGGUCGAUACACUGGUUUUGUGGAUAAGGAGGCUCGUCGCAAGAUGCGUGAGGAAGCUCAAAAGGCUGAUGCUAGCAACCCUGCCAAGCGCACCGUUGCCGAGGAUCCUAAUGCUGGUGCAUCGAUUGUCAUUCACAAGGACUCAAAGUGGAAGGAAAGCUGGAACAAGUUUAAGGAAGAGAACCCUGUCAUGCAAGGUAUCUUCCGUGCUCGACGAAACUAUGAGGAAUCGGAUAAUCUUUUCGUCUCUUAUACCCGUGCAUUCACUGAUCGCGUCUCGGAAACUUUUGGCUCCAUCUUUGAGGAAUCUGAACAAGCUCAAACUGUGCGUGCUCUCCAGAUGAUUGAUCCCUCGUUCAACAUGGACAAGUUUUUGCGUGAGGCCCGUACAUACAUCAUCCCCGAAGUAAUGGAAGCUUACCUCAAGGGUGACGUUGAAUCUCUCAAGAUGUGGUGUUCUGAAGCUACUUAUAAUGUUUUGACCGCUGUGAUCCAAGCUCAGGUACAACAAGGAUUGAUCAGUGAUUGCCGCAUCCAAGAUUUGCGUGAUGUUGAUCUCGUGGCUGCCAAGAUUCUUGAAAAUGACAUUCCCGUGCUUGUGAUGUCUUUCCGUACGCAAGAGAUUAUGCUCUUCCGCAAUGCUAGGACGCAUGAGAUUGCAUAUGGUCAAGAGGAUCGUAUUGAACAAGUCACCUAUGCAUGUGUAAUUACAAGGGAGCCUGAGGAUUUGCAAAACCCCAUCACCGGUGGUUGGAGAAUAAUAGACAUGGCCAAGCACGACUCAAGACCCACAUGGUAA